AUGGCCGUGCCCCCCGAGGGCGUCCCCGCCGAUCUGCAAGAGGGCAUCACCACCUUCCUGGGCACAAAGAAGGUCCUCCUGGUGGUGAGUGUCCAGCUGCAGGUGAAGUCCAAGUACGAUGACUACAUCUUGGUGCUGACGCCCUGGCGAGCCUACGUGCUGCCCGUGAUGGUGCCAGUGAGGGUUCACAGCAGCUUCAGCUUCCUGGAGGUGAGGGAGAUGACGGUGCGAGAGCCCAGCUUGGUGGUGAUCGAGACGGAGGCAGCCUCUUACGCCCUGCGCUUCAUGGCCUUCCACGACCUGCAGCAAGUCAUCACCCACGUCACCAUGGCACUGAAGAAGGUCUUCCCAGACUCCUCCCCGGGGACGCUGCUCCAGAAGUCCCCUCCCAACCUGUAUGAGAGGCUCCGGCAGGUGACAGACUCGCUGGAGGAGAUGCUGCAGCGCAGCCCUGGGCCCUGCGGGGGCUUCUCGGAGACCUACGCUGCCCUGUGCGACUACAACGGCUUCGCCUGCCGCGACGAGAUCCAGUGGGAUGUGGACAACAUCUACCACAGCCAGGACUGUCGGGAGUUCAACCUGCUGGACUUCAGCCACCUGGAGAGCAGGGACGUGGCGCUGAGCGUCGCCGCCUUGUCCUUCAACCUGUGGUUCAGCAAACUGUCCUGCAGGGAGCUGAGGCUGACGCAGGAGGUGUGGGAGCAGCUGCUCUACAUGCUCAGCAAGUCGGUGGCGCUGCAGGAGCUGGUGCUGGAGAGCAGCGGGCUGAAGGCGGACUUUGCACAGAGGAUGGCUCAGGCGCUCAGCAACCAUCCUGACUCUGCCCUGCACACCAUCAGCCUUGCUGGCAACCAGCUGGAGGACAGAGGGCUUAUUGCCUUCAGCCACCACGUGGAGAAGAGGCCCAAAGGUCUGCAGAGCCUCAGCCUCGCCAGGACUAUGCCCACUGCCAAGGGGAUGAGCAUCCUCUGCAAGGCCCUGGCAGACAACAAAGCCACCAGCUCCUCCCUCAGGCACCUGGACCUCUCUGGUAACCCUGGCACCCUGGCUGGGGAGGACAGCAGCAACCUGCAGAGCCUCCUCCAGCAGUGCCACUCUCUGUCCCACCUCAGCCUGGCUGGCACAGACUGUCCCCUAGACGCUCUCUUUGGAGCCCUGCUCCACGGGUGCCACACCAGCCUCGUCCACCUGGACCUCUCCAGAAACAUCUACUCCCACAGGAGGGUCAAAACCAUCUCCCCUGCCAUCAAGGAGUUCUUCAGGCAGGCCUGUGCCCUCAGACAUGUCUCCCUGUCGGGCACCAAGCUGCCAGCUGAUGCUGUGAGGGCACUGCUGCAAGGGCUGGCAGACAACAGCCACAUCAGCGACCUGUGCCUGGACCUCAGCAGCUGUGAGCUGAGGUCAGCAGGGGCUCAGGUCAUCCAGGACCUCAUCCCUGACGCCAGCUGCAUCAGCAGCCUGGACCUGGCUGACAACGGCCUGGACCCUGACAUGGUGACCUUGGUGCUCUCCCUGGGCAGAAGCAAGUCCAUUCGCCACGUCUCCCUGGGCAGAAACUUCAACAUCAAAUCCAAGGAUGGGCUGUUGGAUGUCCUGCAUCGCAUCGUCCAGCUCACCCAGGAGGACGACUGCCCUCUGCGGUCGCUGUCGGUGGCAGACUCGCGGCUGCGGCUGGGCACCGCCGUGCUGCUGAGUGCCCUGGGCGGCGGCAGCAGCCUCAGCAGCCUGGACAUCAGCGGCAACCACAUGGGGGACACGGGGGCCAAGAUGCUGGCCAAGGCCCUGCAGACCAACACAAAGCUCAGGACUGUGGUUUGGGACAGGAACAACACAACAGCCCAGGGGCUGCUGGAGGUGGCUGAGGCUUUGGAAAGGAACUACACCCUGAAGUCCAUGCCCCUGCCCCUGAGCGACGUGGCACAGGCGUUCCGCAGCCACCCCGAGAGAACCGAGGAGGCCGUGCACAAGCUCCAGUCCUGCCUGGCAAGGAACCAGCUGCGGCGCACGAUGCCCACCCAGAGCUUCCACCUGCAGCAGGGCACCCUCACCUCGUCCUCGGAACAGAUGGUGACCGAGGGCUGCCUGAGCCUGCAGAAGCGCCUGGACAUCCUCAGCAGCUGCUCGGGCAGAGAGGCGGAGGUGGACAUCCUCCGUGCCCAGGAGGCCAUCAGCAAUGCCAACCUCUCCAUCAGCAUCCUGCCCCUUUUGUACGAGGCAGGAAGCAGCCCACACCAGAGCAGCAAACUGCAGCACAGGCUGCAGCGUCUCACGGAGGAAGCUUCUCAGAUCUGUGGCCAGGAGAUCCAGGCGAUCACGCAGGCGGUGCUGGACACGGCGCACGGCCUCUGCCCAGCCCUGGUGCGCAGGAGCGGCGUCAGGGACCAGCUGGGCAGUGCCAUGGCAGAGCACAUCCAUCUCCAGGACCACCUCAGCCUCAGCGCUGUCCUGGACCAGAUGGUCACUGAUGUCUGCAGCAAGCUGAAUGAAAUCAAACUGUCUGUCACCGCCGCUGUGGCUGACUGCAUUGUGCGUGUUGUGCUGGGAGACCUCGCCACUGCCCAGUGCAGACUGGGCGAGAGACUCGCCAAGCAGGGUCUCGACCUUCCGCUGCCGCCACCGGAGCCGCUUGAGGACGAUGCCACGACACAGCCCAGGGGCAGCAGCCCUCCGGACCUCGCCAUGGAGGAGCACAAGAUGGCCCUGCGGAGGAGGAACAAGCACUUCAGAAGCAUCCGGCCCACGCCAACCAUGAGAACCCCUUCCCACAGCAUCCCGCGCCCUGGCAAACCACGGGGGCCCACGCAGGAUCCAUCCCCGCGACAGUCCCUAGGCAGGCUGCGGGUGGCCGCGGCCGCGCUCCCCUCCCCGCGGCGUGACACAACACGACGCAGCCAGCGCCCGCUGCCCGCCGCGCGCGUGGGUGAAGGUGACGCCGGUGGCAGCGAUGAUGAUGAUGAUGAUGAUGGUGAUGAUGAUUAUGCUGCUGCUGAUGGGAAGGCCUGACGAGACUGGGUGUCAGCUGGGGCCCCCUCGUCCCUCGUAGGUGCCUCGGAGCUGGAGGCGGUGGCGGGGGGGGACGGCAGCGGGCUGCAGGCUGAGCGGGCUCCGCCGUGGCACAGCCUGGCCGCUCCGCCGGCACGCCCCGGCCCCGCCGCCACAAAGGAUGCGGAGCCUGCGAGCGGCUCGCUUCAGCCUGCCGCCGCCGGAGCGCUGCCCAUGGACCUGCCGACCGCCGGCCAGAAGCUGGAGCACUGCACCAAAGCCAGGCCCAGGCCCAACCGCCGCCACCGGCAGCCGCCCAGCAAGCCCAAUGUGCAGCCUGUGGCCUGCAAGAACAGCGAGGACAGGAGCAUCACCCGCGUGGAUGAGGGGCUGGAGGACUUCUUUGCCAAGAGACUCAUCACAGAGCAGCUGCCCCCCGCGGCUCCGGAGCCCCGCACGGGGUCAGCCCUUCUGGCCCCCUCCAGCUCUCGCACCCUCAAGAAGAAAAUCGGGAACUUUUUUGCCUUCAAGAAACCCAAAUCCAGUCGCGGCUCGAGGUGUGAGAAGGAGCCCGAGGGCGGCCCCGCGGCCCCCAGGAGCCGCCGCUCGAUGCUCAGUGACAUCCUACGAGCCCCAAGCAGGGCGGGCGAGGGGGGCAAGCCUCUGAGUAAAUCGGAGGAGGGAGGGCUCGCUGCCGACCCCCAGGCAGAGCCCGAGCACUGCCAGACCCCCGACUCAGCCCGCAGGAUCCGGCCCAAGUACUCGCGGGAGGGCAAAUCCCAGUCCCUCAUCCUGCUGCCCGGCGAGGACGAGGAGGUGCUGGGGGUCAGGCACAACAAGAGGCGGCAGCUGGAGAAGAGCGACGGGGAAUUGCCCAGCGCCUUCGAGCAGCGCAUGCAGCUCAUGCUGCACCGCAUCGGCGUCACCAAGGGCCCGGCCGCCGACAGCAAGCGGCAGCAGAGCAAAGACAACGAGAUCAAGAAAGCUGGCUCAGAUGGGGACAUCGUGGACAGCUCUGCAGACUCCCCGCCCUCCCUGAAGGUCCGCACGCAUUCUGUGUCCACAGACGCACCCUUCCGCACCCCGGGCACCGCCAUGGAGCCUGGCACCGGCCCGGCCGAGCCCAGUUCGUUCUGGCGGGCCCUGGGGCGGUCGCUGCCCACCGAGCCGCAAGGUGCCACCUCCAGCGAGCUCCGACACUCCUGUGCCCUGGGCGAGCCCAGCAGGCUGCCCGAGCCCGGCGCCCGGGAGGGCUGGAGCAGCAGCUUGCCGCGGCUGGGCAGGAGCGUGCCAGUGACUGUGCCACGGAGGGUCAGCCACGGCGGGGAGGAGGGUUCCGGCAGCGCCCUGCCCGCACCACCCAGCACUGAAGACAACCGGCUGGCGGCGCAGCUGGCGGCGCCACGGGGGAGCGGCCGCCGAGCCGUGUCUGUGCAUGAGGAGCAGCUCAGGGAGCCCGAGUGCCCAGCGGAGCUGGCAACGGGCACCAUGCCCCCACGCCUGCAGCGUUCGCCCGUGCUAAGGUGGAGAGCCAAGCAUGAGGCCCAGCCCAGGUCGUCCUCCCCGGAUGCUGCAGGCACCACACCACAGGACCGGUCCCACGCGGGGCCAGAGGAUCCGCAGGCUGGAGCAGGCAGCACAGGCGAGUGGCCGCAAGCCCUGGCACAGGCUGUGGGCACUGCACAGGACUCAGCAGCCGUAGACCAAAGACGCGCGGUGCCAGUCCAGGGGGAGCCAGCCCCGGGCCCGUGAGCCCCCCCGCAUGCCACAGCUCCCAGUCCAGCCCUCCAAGCGCCCACCCUGCACCGAGGUGCGGGCAGCAGCCACCGGGCACCUCUGCUUCCCGCCGGGCUGGCGCCAACCAUGGCAUCACCUACCUUUUGCCACGGGUGCAGCUUGGGCCACCAGCGUUGCCAGGAAGGCAGAGACAUCCAGGAACCACGCCAGAGCCCUCGGGCUGCCCUGAAGCCCUCGGGAUGCACCAGCCUUAGGCUUCCCCGGGGGGCCAGCGGCGCCGCACGCAGCCGACGCCCGCCAAGCGUUACCAGACCCCUACCACCCCUCAAGCUCCUCACUCACCUCGGGGCUGUCUCCAGCCCCUCUAGGACCCUUCCCUCGGCAGGACCAAGGCCCCAGCACCACGCUUCAGCCUGCAGCAGCUCCAGCCUGUCUCUCCCGCAGCAGCCUGCCCCCGCGGCUCCUCAGCCGAUGCCAGGGCGGUUUCUCCUGGCGGCGGCUUCUCCCCUGGCCCCGUUUGGUGUUGGUUUGGGUUUUUUUCAUACAGAAGCUGUGUAUUUAAAAAUACACAAUUUUUAUUUUUCAUUUC